AUGUUUCAGAUAUUUGCCGGCCAUGUUGUUCAAAAUUCCCGCCUCGACUGGAAAUACCUGCGAUCACGCCUGCGUAAGAAAUGCAUCAUUAAAAACCAGUUCAAUGUGUCAUUCAAGAUAUUUCGAAACAACGCAGGCGGCAUCUACGUCGAUGCCGGUUCCGGAAUGCAAAGACUCUAUUUAAUCAACCCGGCUAUUGGAUGUAGCAAUGGCAUCAUUUAUGUUAUUGAUGGCUUCCUCAAUUAUUCCCCUUUCAAUUUAAUCGAAAUGAUUUACCGAGAGACAGCUGUUAGUAUCAUUAUCUAUCUAUUUAUCUAUCUCAGCCUGUUCUUAUCUAUCUAUCUAUCUAUCUAUCUAUCUAUCUAUCUAUCUAUCUAUUUCGCUCUGUUCAGUAUCUAUCUAUCUAUCUAUCUAUCUAUCUAUCUAUCUAUCUAUCUAUCUAUCUAUCUAUCUAUCCUUAAUUUUUUCCAGUGA